AAAUCAAAUGUCAUUUUACUUCCGUCGCACGGACACGAUUAAAUUAUGUUUAUUAAAUAAUUGGUUUAUUUUGUAAUAUUAUUGCCUACAGUUGAUCUCUGUUCUUGAAUUAUAUCUUAUCAAGUGUCGACGUGUUAUUCAAGCAUAUUUAUCAGUCAAAGUGUGAAGAACUUGCUCUACAAACGUUCAAUAAAGAUAUGUUUGUCCGUCAAGCCGGGCUGUUACGAAACCUGGGUACACUUCUACAGCUGAGACAAAUGCAUUUGUUGAAGAAAAAUGCCUACAUUAAUGGAGAAUGGGUGAGCGCGCAGAGUAAUGCGGUAUUUCCUGUGUUGAAUCCGGCCGACGAUGCGGUAAUAGCAGAGAUCCCCGAUAUGGACGCCGCCGAUGCAAAGAUAGCGGUCGACACAGCCGCCAAUACCUUCCAGACUUGGAAAGAUACUACUGCAAAAGAAAGGGCUAACAUACUCCGAAGAUGGUACGAUUUGUGUGUAAAAAAUUCGGAUAACCUUGCAGAGAUCAUCACCGCUGAGGCCGGUAAACCCUUAUCAGAAUCCAAAAGCGAAAUCGUAUAUGGAAGUUCGUUUUUAGAAUGGUUCGCUGAUACAGCUCGUCAUAUAAAUGGUGAAGUGGUGCCGAGUCCAUGGCCGAACAAAAUGAUCAUGGUUACCCGUCAGCCUCUGGGUGUAGUGUCUGUUAUAACACCCUGGAAUUUUCCAUUUGCAAUGAUCACUCGUAAAGUGGGGGCUUUGAUGGCUGCUGGAUGCACUUGUGUUAUUAAGCCUUCAGAAGAUACCCCUCUGACUGCUUUAGCUGCUGUCCAGCUUGCUGAGGAGGCUGGUGUGCCAAAAGGUGUUAUUAAUAUUGUAACUUCGAGCAGAAAAAAUGCACCCGCAGUGGGAAAAGUCAUGUGUGAAGAUCCAAGUGUAGGAUGUAUAUCUUUUACUGGCUCCACUCAUGUUGGUGUACUACUAUAUGGAAUGGCAGCAAAAGGUGUGAAGAGAGUCUGCUUAGAGUUGGGUGGAAAUGCCCCUUUUAUUGUCUUCCCAAGUGCCGAUAUAUCACAUGCUGUUGACCAAGCAAUGCUUGCUAAAUUCAGAAACAACGGUCAGGCAUGUAUUGGAGCUAACAGGUUUUUAGUACACAAGGAUGUAUUUGAUACAUUUGUUCAGGCUUUUAAGGAGAAAAUUUCUAAGAAUUGUAUUUUAGGCCCGGGCACUAAACAGGGUGUAACAUGUGGGCCCUUAAUUAAUCUUGAACAGACUAAAAAGGUAACUGAAUUAGUUGAGCAAGCCUUAUCAAAGGGUGCUAAAGCAUUAGUCGGUGGUAAGCCUGCAGCACAGCUCGGAACAAAGUUUUACGAAUCAACGCUUCUUACAGAAGUUAAACCUGAGAUGAGAAUAUAUAAAGAAGAAAUAUUUGGGCCUAUAGCUGUAUGUUAUAAGUUUGAAACUGAGCAGGAAGCUUUGCAGGUAGCAAAUGAUACUAGAAGUGGGCUUGCGUCCUAUGUUUUCACCAAGGAUCUUGGUCAGGCGUUUAGAAUGUCUCGUCAGUUGAACUUUGGCAUGGUAGCCAUAAAUGAUGGUAUACUGUCAGCUGCUGAACCUCCAUUUGGUGGUAUCAAAGAAUCUGGUAUAGGUCGGGAAGGUAGUAAGCAUGGUGCCGAGGAGUAUACAGAUCUUAAGUAUACAUUAUUUUCUGGCUUGGAUAAGUGAACACACUAAAUAAACUAUAUAUUUGAUUUAAGUAAUAAUUUAACCAUGCCUGUAAGCAAAGUUAUAGUAGGCAGAUUUUAAUAAUUAUUACAUUUUAAAGUAAAGUCCUUUCUAAUAAAAUUCUAAUUUGUCUGGUAUGCAAUACAGGAUUGAAAAAGUAUAAUAGGUAUGAAUAGGUAGUCGAGAUUUGACAAUAAUAUACUUUAUUUACUAUGGAUUUCAAUGAAAUCAUUCCAGUCUUCCAAUAUAUUGUGAUGCUAUAUAUAAAAAAUGUUUAGAUCUGUAGAUUAUUAAGAGCUUUGUAAUUUUAUUCAGCUAUUACAUAUUUUUUAAUGUAUAAUAUGAAAACUGUUGCAUUUUGUAUACUAAGCUUUUAUAGUGAAUAAGUAUAGCCCAGUGGAUAUGACGUCUGCCUUUGAUUUCUGGUGGACUAUUGGCCUAACACCUCUCAUUCUGAGAGGAGACUCGAGCUCAGCAGUGAGCCAAAUAUGGGUUGAUAACCAAUAAGUAAACUGAAGCCUAGGGUGGCAGAUUUUGGGGGGCAGCAAAUUUGGGUAAAAAAAGCAAGGGUUAAGGUUAAGCAAAAUAUUCAAUAGUUACUGAUUAAGUAAAGGUUGCAAUUUUAUUGACAGUAAAUAUACUUGAUAAAGUUUAAUAAAGUAAAAUUUGCAACUAGGCAUCAUCAAAUUUCAGAGGUCAAAGAAUGGCAAAAAUUCAAUACCCUACUGGGGGCAAAUUUGUAAACUCACCACUGGUUACAAUAUUUUAUUUUUAAAAUAAUUAUUUAUUAUUGUACCUAGAUUUAUAAUUAAUAUAAUUUAACAUAUGAUUAACAUAAAAUAUAUUUAACAUAUGAUUAACAUAAAAUAUAUUUAAUGUAUGUACAAUUGUUCACUAAGUAGGUAGCUAUAUAGCAAUAAAGUCACAUGUCACUUU